ACAACCCCGACAGAUCUCAAGAAACACCAGAGAACACACACUAGAGUUAAACAAACACUCUUCACUAGAAAAGCUUCUACCAAUCUCCGAAGCAGUAGGCGGCACUGUUGAGAUGAAAUUGAAUCUGAACCAGCCAAGAAGAAGUGCCGAGUCUCUCGAUGUUGGGACAGUGUUUUUGAUGCUAACGUUACAUGUCGCGGGGAUUAUUUCACCUUUUUCCAAGGUUAUAACUCUGGAUGGGAUCAUCCUGAGUCCAUCUGGAACAUGGAUCUCGGACUGCUCUUUGCUGAACCCCAGCAGAUGGACCUGAGAGUGAUUGUGAAAGAAGACGUAGAGGAGGAGGAGGACUAUGGCCAUAUGAUUCCAUGCAAAGAUGAACAAGACCAAGAAGAAAAGCCCUUUGCAGAGCUUAACUGUAAAACUGAAACGGACUUAUCCGACUACAAUAUUAUUUACAGUGAACCACUACAGACAACAGCGGAGAUUGAGGUAAAGGUCGAAGACGAGAAUGAACAUCUACAAGAAUACGAUUGUCUGCAGGAACGUGUAUCAGAACACCCAGACUGCCUGCAACAGAAGAUUCACGGACAGAAUGAUGAACUCAACCUGCAGCUCAAAGGAAGGCUGCACCACUGCAUAGUCUGCAGGAAGAGUUUCUCAACUCUUACUGAACUGAAGGAACACCAGAAGAUGCACUCAGUUAGGGUAAAUGAAAAGCUGAACUCUGGCAAAGGACUUCAUAAAUGUAUGCAUUGCGAAAAAAUAUUGACAACAGGCAGAAAUCUUAAACGCCACAUGCGCACACAUACUCAUGAGAAGCCUCAUAAAUGUAUCCAAUGUGGAAAAGGUUUUUCAGAAACUUCAACUCUAAAAAAUCAUAUGAUAACACACACUGGUGAGAAGCCUCAUGAAUGUAUUCAGUGUGGGAAACAUUUUACACUAAAGACAAGUCUUAAAACCCACAUGAUACUACACACUGGAGAGAAGCCUCAUAAAUGUCUCCAGUGUGGAAGAUGUUUUUCACAAAUUUCCGCUCUUAAAAGCCAUAGUCUGACUCACACUGGUGAGAAGCCUCAUAAAUGCGCCCAAUGUAAAAAAGCAUUCACAACAUCCUCGCAACUUCAAAAUCACAUGCGAGUACAUACUGGGGAGAAGCCUCAUAUAUGUGGCAACUGUGGAAAACCCUUUUCAAGAUUUACAUGUCUGAAACGCCAUAUGCGAGUCCACACAGGAGAGAAGCCUCAUAAAUGCGAUCAGUGUGGGAAAUCAUAUACAAGAUCCUCAAAUCUUAAACAUCACAUGUGUAUAGUUAGUGGAGAGGAGCCUAACCAAUGUGUCGAGUGUGGAAAAGCCUUCUCAGAAAUAUCAGCUCUUAAUGCCCACAUGCGAGUACACACUGGAGAGAAGCCUCAUAAAUGUGACCAGUGUGGGAAAUCGUAUACAAGAUCCUCAAAUCUUAAACAUCACAUGCGUACACAUAGCGGAGAGAAGGCUCACCAAUGUGUCGAGUGUGGAAAAGCUUUCUCAGAAAUAUCAGCUUUUAAUGCCCACAUUCUAGUACACACAGGAGAGAAGCCUCAUAAAUGUGUUGAGUGUGGAAAAGGUUUUUCAGAAAUUUCACUUCUUAAAGUCCACAUGGUUACUCACACUGGUGAGAAGCCUCAUAAAUGUGCCCAUUGUGGGAAAGCAUUUUUACUCGUGUCAAAUCUUAAAACCCACAUGCGAACACACACACACAAAACAUAUUCUAAUACACACUGGAGAGAAGCCUCGUAAAUGUGUCCAGUGUGUAAAAAGCUUUUGCACAAUCGGGAAAUCUUAAUAGCCACAUACUAAUGAUGCACACUGGUAAGAAGCCACAAGUGGAAAGCAGUGAACAUCAAACACCAAAUAUUUGCAUUUUUAAUCUUCAACACCUGGUACAUGCUGGAGAGAAGCCUCAUACAUGUACCCAGUGUGAAAGAGCAUUUACAACAUCCACUCAACUUAAAGACCACAUGCUUGAACAUACUGCAGAAAAGCCUCAUAAAUGUCUCCAGUGUGAAAAAUAUUUUGCAGUAGCCCGCAGCCUUAAACAACACAUGCAUCUACAUACUGGAGAGAGGCCUCACAAAUGUGAACAGUGUGGAAAAGCUUUUACGGUAGCUGCAGAACUUAGAAAUCACAUGCUUACACAUACUGCAGAAAAGCCUCAUAAAUGUUUCCAGUAAAAAAUAUUUUUCAGCAGCCCGCAGUCUUAAACAACACAUGCUUAUACAUACAGGAGAGAGACCUCAUAAAUGUAACCAUUGUGGGAAAGCUUUUGCACAAUCGGCAAAUCUUAGUAGCCACGUGCUAAUGAUGCACACUGGUAGGAAACCACAACUGGAAAACACUCAAUGUCAAACGCCAAAUAUUUACAUUUUCCAUCUCCCACUAUGAGGCGCUACACCAUAAAUCAGUCAUAAUGGGCUAAAACGCUGUCAAUUUGAAACACCAGAUUAGUAUAUUUACGUCUCUCACUAGGUGGCGCUACACUUGUCCUGCAAAAGAAGUAAGGACAAGCGCUAAAACAUUUUAAUUUUAAAAGCACUGUGGGCCUAAAAAAAAAUUUUGGGCAGAGUUUUCUCUGUAAAGUUUCCCCUACAGCUUCAGAGUAUAUAUUUUACGACAAUCCUCACUAGGUCAGUCUGCCGUUUCCUCUUUCCCUGUUCCUCCGACAACGGUUUACUCGGUUUCUGCGUCUUCACUGGUUCUGCCAUGACGAAUGUCUGAGGAACUCCAUCGCUACAUUAUUCUAGCCGGUGUAUGUGUGUAGUGCAGGAAAGCAAUUUGUUACAUCGCGAGACCGCAAGACUUUCUGACUCGGAGUCCAGCGUCCCCCCGGCCAAUGGAUGUUUUUUCCGCUCACAGACGCUAGGGGGAAGAGACGGCCACCAUUCCACCCAGAAAAAGUGACCUUCCAAUGACUCCAAAGCUGUUAAGGUAAAUUAAGUAAAAUAAAAACUGCAUAGUUCCCCUUUGACAUUGUCGUAAAACACACAAAAUUGAAAAUACAUAAGAGGGGAAAUAACAUCAAUGUUUGUGGAAAAUAUAAGUGUAAAUAAGGGUCAAAAAAAUGAUUUUUGGUUCAGUCAUGAUUAGCCUAACAUGAUUUACUUUUGUUUGUUUGCCAAUAUCAUUUAAUCAAGUGUUGAUGGUACCCUAUGUUUUGCACAAGGUAAAUAAACAAGAGGGGGAAACAUAAUGUCUGUGGACAAUCAGUAUUUUUGUGUAGGUAAAGUGUAGAUAAGUUUUAAAAAAUGUGUUCUGCUUUAGUUGAGUUGAGACUAUUGUAAUGUCAAAAUGUCAGCCUUACAGUAAAAAAAAAAGCUUGCGUAAUGACAUGUUCUUGCUUAUUGCUAUAGAAGUGUACUGAAAUGGUUUCCUUCGUACCAGUUGUUUUUCAUAGGUGAAUUUGUU